CAUAAGGUAGCUACUUUCAGAUACUAAACCUUCAGGUUUUUUGGAAGAAGUAUCUGCAAGGGGAAAUUGUCACUCUAUUAGCAUACUUAAAGAUUGACGACGUCCAACGUUUUACAGCAUGAAAGGAAAAUGCGUUUAUCGCUAUCUGCUACUCUUCGCUGCACUAACAACCGAAGGUGUCUUCAGUGGAAGCAGCAAUGUUGAGAUUGUCCAUGGAGGUUGGUCUACCUGGUCUGAAUUCUCUCAGUGUAGUCCAUCCUGUGGCGGUGGUGUGCAAUACAGGACGAGGACCUGCAAUAGUCCUGCUCCAAAGAAUGGCGGUAAUCUUUGUGAAGGUCAAGUUGACGCAAAACAGACAGAUCAAAAAGGACAUUGGAAAAUAUGUAAUACACAGGACUGUCCAGAAGGUGGCAGUUCAUUCCGCAGCGAACAGUGUGCAGCUAAAAAGGCUGGUUCCGAAGAAUACUUCAUGUCGACUCCAGACAGUGCCUGCAAGUUGAUAUGCAGGUACAGCAACAAUGUCAACAUUUAUGGAAACGUCAAAGAUGGGACAAGAUGUAGUGACGACUUAUUCAAUAAUGACAUCUGUAUAUCAGGUGCAUGCCGGACGGUUGGCUGUGAUAACAUACUGGACUCUAAUGCAGUGUUUGACCGAUGUGGUCAGUGUGAUGGUGAUGGCUCUACAUGUAAACUAGUCCAAGGACUAUACACCAAAGAUCACACAGGAUAUGGAUAUGAGAAUGGAGACACAAUGGCAGUAUUGCCUGCAGGAACCACAAAUGCCCACUUUCAGCAACGGAAGAUGGAAUAUAACCAAAUAGGUACAGAAGAUYCAAAAGGGAAGGAAUUGAUUCCACAGCCAACCUGGACCAAAACGGUCUACAAGGCGGGUGCAAAGAUAACUUACACUCAUGAGGAUAAUAGAUAUYAUGACAAAAUCGAUAUAGUUGGGCCGCCAACUAAUCAAGAACUUCUAAUUAAGUUCUAUUUUGUUUAUGAGAGGAACCAAGGAGUCGACUAUAAAUACUACGUACCAUCCGAUGUCAAACAAAUACCUGCAAGCUUUGCAUCGAGGAUCUCAGAAUGGACAAGCUGUUCACGGUCAUGUGGAGGUGGUACUCAGACUCGUACAAUCCAGUGUUAUCGUACAGAUGAUAAUACUAUAGUUGGACAUCAGUAUUGCAAUGAAGCGACGAAGCAAAAAUGCAACGCACAGCCCUGUCCACAUCAUAAAAGGUUUGGCAUUGCUUGUUUCAAAGCUGAUCCAAUUCCACUGGAGGAAAACCUUGGUGAUUUUACCACCACCAUCAGCUGGGACAAUACCAAAGAUGUUGUCGAUCAAUGUGCUUCUCUGUCUUACAAUAAAGGCUACAUGUAUUUUGCACUUGGAAAUAACGGAAUAUGUUACUCUGGGCCAAACACCAAAGCAAUUUAUCCAACAGCUAAAUCUUAUGGAGUGAAAAAAGAAAAAUGCGCAGAUGGUGUUGGAAGAGCUGGGCAUUUUUUUGUUUACACAUUUGAACCCCUGCCAUCAUAUACAUCUCUGGGAUGCUAUGCAGAUAAAGACAAUAUUCGGGCUCUUCCUAUGUUAUACGCGUACAUGCGUUCUCAAAUCAAUUGGCAUUUCCCAAACAGGACCGUCGACCAGUGCGCUAAGAUAGCACGUGACAAGUCCUAUAAGUACUUUGGAAUCGAAUUCUACGGCGAAUGCUACUCAGCAAAUGACCUAACUGCUGCAAAUGAUUACAACAAGUAUGGUUCCAAAAACGAUUGCUGGGAAGGUAUAGGGUACACUUGGCAACUCUCUGUCUACAAAUUUGACUAGAAGUGAAAUCCUGCAAAAGACUAAAAUCAUCAAAGGAAUUAAGAAUCAAAGGAUUAAAAAACAGUUAAUUACUAAGUUCAUAAUGUUCUAUUCCGCGAAAAUCGGUGUAAACACAUUUCAUUUGGAAUGACCA